AUGGGCCCCUCAGAUAAACAUCGCUGUACCUCUCUUGCGCCGGGCGGAAGACGUCUGUGCGGCGUCUGCGUCGGCGGGGGCGAGCGGGCGUCCUCACGGCCUUGGACGGCGGCGCAGCGGGGCGCCAGCCCGAGCCCCGGCGCCCUGACCCACUUCCCGGCGCCGCCGCCGCCGCCGCAGCUUACGUUUCUCCGACGCAGCCGCCGCCGCCGCCGCCGCCCCGCCGCCGCCGCCGCCGCCGCCCCGCCGCCGCCGCCGCCGCCGCCCCGCCGCCGAUGUCGAUCUCCAGAUAAGCAGCGACGCAGCGCCAGCGUUGGCGACCUCGGCAACUCGCGGUUAGGUGGCCAGGCCGCCCCAGUUUCCACGGCCGAUUCCGCCCAGCUGCGCAUGCGCGGAGACUCAGAUGGCCUGCGACAUCUCUGGUCUGCGAGAAUAUACCGUUACGAAACAGACGCAAAGCGUCUCGGAGCUUCUGAUAAGGCCAAAUGUACGGAACCUGCACGCCACCGGAGCGGAGAGAGGGCGGAGGGAGGGGAGGUGCCGCAACCAGCUCUCGGCGGGGCGCCCGUCUCGGCGCGUCUCGGCCCGAGGAGGCGAUUACGUUUGACGCCGCGGUCAGCCGCCUUCGCCUUCGCCGCCGCCGCCGCGUGCGUCGCAGCAGGCGCCGACGCGCCGGCGCUGGCGCCGCCACGUGCGCGGGAGAGAGACAGAGAGCGGGCGAGCACGCGCGCCGACGCGCCGACGCGCCGACGCGCCGACGGACACGGCGCGCACUGGGCACGAACUGCUGUGGUUCGCGUUGCCGCUGUGACGGUGCGCUACCUGACCAAAAGAUACAUUGGAGAAUACAGUUCCAGUAGUGAUAAUCGUGAACGUUCUAACGAUGUGUCAUCAACUUCAGUAGAUACAUCUGCUCCCCAAACUCAGAGAUUUCCCAGAGUCCCUGAUGCCCCCGACUUUUGCCGCCAGAAGUGA